AUGUCGUGGAGUACCAGUCAAUAUAACCAGCAGGGCACCCAAGGCCAGCCACAGGCCUCCUAUCAUCUCCAGGUUAGUCUUUUUCUGCCAAUGGCAUCCUAUCAUGAAAUUUUCUCUGCUAACGGGGAGACAUGCUCGUGUCACUAUGGGUCAAAAGAUGUACAAACAUCAUCUUUUACUCCAGAUCCUUCACCUCCGCCAUACCAGUUGCAGCAGCAGCAGCAGCAGCAGUAUGGCGAGAAUGCCUCUUAUUACCAGCAUAACAUUCCAGCUGGCGAUGAAGAAGCGAGCCAGAUUCCUGAGCAGACAGUGGGCGAUAGGGGUCUCGGCUCUACAAUUUCCGGCGGCGCUGCUGGAGGUUAUACAGCUCAUCAGAUGGGCGGUGGAAAGUUGGCUACUGCUGGAGGUGCGCUCCUGGGAGCUGUCGGUAUGAAUAUGGUAAGCAACAAGCUGUAUGUAGAGACCUCCUGA